AUGACCUGGCUGAGCCUCGUGAGCCUGCACCUGCUGCUGCUGCCCGCGGCGCCGCCCCCGGCCGGCGGCUGCCCCGCGCGCUGCGAGUGCACCGCGCAGACCCGCGCCGUGGCCUGCGCGCGCCGCCGCCUGACCGCCGUGCCCGAGGGCAUCCCCGCCGAGACGCGCGUGCUGGGGCUCAGCCGCAACCGCAUCCGCUGCCUGAACCCCGGCGACCUGGCCGCGCUGCCCGCGCUGGAGGAGCUGGACCUCAGCCUCAACGUGAUCGCGCACGUGGAGCCCGGCGCCUUCGCGCACCUGCCGCGCCUGCGCGUGCUGCGCCUGCGCGGCAACCAGCUCACGCUGAUCCCGCCGGGCGUGUUCACGCGCCUGGGCAACCUCACGCUGCUGGACCUGAGCGAGAACAAGCUGGUGAUCCUGCUGGACUACGCCUUCCAGGACCUGCGCAGCCUGCGCACCCUGGAGGUGGGCGACAACGACCUGGUGUUCAUCUCGCGCCGCGCCUUCGCGGGGCUGCUGGCGCUGCGCGAGCUCACGCUGGAGCGCUGCAACCUCACGGCGCUGUCGGCCGAGGCGCUGGGCCAGCUGCCCGGCCUGGGCGCGCUGCGCCUGCGCCACCUGGCCAUCGCCGCCCUGGAGGACCAGAACUUCCAGCGGCUGCCCGGCCUGCGGCACCUGGAGAUCGACAACUGGCCGCUGCUGGAGGAGGUGGCGCCGGGCAGCCUGCGCGGCCUCAACCUCACCUCGCUGUCCGUCACGCACACCAACAUCACCGCCGUGCCGGCCGCCGCGCUGCGCCACCAGGCGCACCUCGCCUGCCUCAACCUCUCGCACAACCCCAUCAGCGCCCUGCCGCGCGGCUCCUUCCGCGACCUGGUGCGCCUGCGCGAGCUGCACCUGGCCGGCGCGCUGCUGGCCGUGGUGGAGCCGCAGGCCUUCCUGGGCCUGCGCCAGAUCCGCCUGCUCAACCUCUCCAACAACCUGCUGUCCACGCUGGAGGAGAGCACCUUCCACUCGGUGAACACGCUGGAGACGCUGCGCGUGGACGGCAACCCGCUGGCCUGCGACUGCCGCCUGCUGUGGAUCGUGCAGCGCCGCAAGACGCUCAACUUCGACGGGCGGCUGCCGGCCUGCGCCACGCCGGCCGAGGUGCGCGGGGACGCGCUGCGCAGCCUGCCCGACGCCGUGCUGUUCGAGUACUUCGUGUGCCGCAAGCCCAAGAUCCGCGAGCGGCGGCUGCAGCGCGUGGCGGCGGCGGCCGGCGACGCCGUGCGCUUCCUGUGCCGCGCCGAGGGCGAGCCGGCGCCCACCGUGGCCUGGGUCACGCCGCAGCACCGCGUGGUGACGGCGCAGAGCGCGGGCCGCGCGCGCCUGCUGCCCGGGGGCACGCUGGAGAUCGCGGACGCGCGGCCGCAGGACAGCGGCACCUACACGUGCGUGGCCAGCAACGCGGGCGGCAACGACACCUACUUCGCCACGCUGGCCGUGCGGCCCGAGCCGGCCGCCGCCAACGCCACGCCGGGCCGCGGCCGCAACGACACGCAGGCGGCCGCGCGCUCGCCGCUGGACCUCACCACCAUCCUGGUGUCCACGGCCAUGGGCUGCAUCACCUUCCUGGGCGUCGUCCUCUUCUGCUUCCUGCUGCUCUUCGCCUGGAGCCGCGGCCGCGGGCAGCACAAGAACAGCUUCUCCGUCGAGUACUCGUUCCGCAAGGCCGACGGCCCGGCCGCCGCCGCGGGCCCGGGCAGCGCGCGCAAGUUCAACAUGAAGAUGAUCUGA